CAGGACUCUCGGGGCCCUCAGCUAGCUCGUUUGGCCCGCCUCCCCACGCGCCGAUUGGCCCAGUGGCUUGGCUGGCGAAGGCGACGGUUGGUGGCAGGCCGCGUCAAUCGCGGACUGCUGGCGGAGGCUGGAUGGAGAGUGGGGCCGAGCGGGGACAGCGGUGGUGGCUGCGACGAAGGCGGUGGCGGCGCGGGCGACGGAGACGGGCGUCGAGCUGAGGAGCGCUCCAGUGAGGUAUUCACAAUGAAUCUUGAAAAACUCAGCAAACCUGAACUACUGACACUAUUCAGCAUUCUUGAAGGGGAACUAGAAGCCAGAGAUCUUGUCAUAGAAGCUUUAAAGGCCCAGCACAGAGAUACUUUCAUUGAAGAACGUUAUGGAAAAUACAACAUUAGUGAUCCCCUGAUGGCUCUUCAGAGGGAUUAUGAAGCACUAAAGGAAGAAAAUUAUGGUGAUAAACAACCUGUGUGUGCCAAUCCCUUGUCCAUCCUGAAGGUAGUGAUGAAACAUUGCAAAAAUAUGCAAGAGAAAAUGUUGUCCCAGUUAGCAGCUGCAGAAAGCAGGCACAGAAAGGUAAUCUUGGAUCUUGAAGAAGAAAGGCAGCGGCACGCCCAAGAUACAGCCGAAGGAGAUGAUGUCACGUACAUGCUGGAAAAGGAGCGAGAGAGGCUUACACAACAACUGGAAUUUGAAAAGUCUCAGGUGAAGAAGUUUGAGAGAGAGCAGAAAAAACUAGCUAGUCAGUUGGAGGAAGAACGUACACACCACAAGCAGCUUUCUUCCAUGCUUGUAUUAGAGUGCAAGAAAGCCACAGCCAAAGCUGCAGAGGAAGGACAGAAGCUUGGAGAACUAAGCAUGAAACUAGAGAAGGAAAAAAGCAAAGUGAGCCAGCUGGAAGAAGAGCUAGCAGCCAAGAAGAAGAGGGGCUUGCAGAUGGAGGCACAAGUAGAGAAGCAGCUAUCUGAGUUUGACAUUGAACGAGAGCAGCUGAGAGCUAAACUGAACCGUGAAGAGAAUCGCACCAAGGUUCUGAAAGAAGAAGUUGAAAAUCUGAAGAAAACUCUAGAAGAAUUAGAGGCUUCCUACAAAGCUGGCAACAACAAAGUUGAAAACAUACUACCAAAUGUUUCAAUGGUGUCCAUAGCAACUUUCACAGAAAGCCCCUCAGGAAGGUCAGUAGCUUGCCAGACGGGAAGUUCCUUGACAGAGAGUCCCAGCCAGGGAAGUACUGUCAGAUUGGCACACGUGUUAUCACCCAUCUCUGCUGCAGCUGCCCAUCCUUAUGCCAAGACAAAUGGGCACUGUGAUGCUGAUGUACAAACAAGCGUGGAGUCACCUCAGCUCAGUGUGGAUAAUCUGCAGAAGGGCAAGCCAACUGGAUCACCUGCUGAGUUGGCUGCAGAGCAGGUCAGCUCCCCAGUAAGAACAGAGUCCCUUUCUCCUUCAGUUCCACCACUCCCUUCCAGCGGAAUAUCCUUAUCACCAGGCAACACGGCAUCUUCAUCUCUGACAUCCUCUCCAUGCUCCUCCCCAGUCAUGACUAAGCGCUUAGUUGGAGCAUCAGCCAGCAGCCCCAGCUACCAAUCUUCCUACCAAGUGGGAAUCAACCAGCGUUUUCAUGCCGCUCGUCAUAAAUUCCAGUCCCAAGCUGAUCAAGAUCAGUCAAGUGGCCUCCAAAGUCCUCCGUCCAGGGAUCUGUCACCAACCCUUGUUGAUAAUUCUGCUGCAAAGCAACUUGCACGCAAUACAGUCACUCAGGUUCUCUCCAGGUUCACCAGUCAACAGGGUCCGAUUAAGCCUGUCUCUCCUAACAGUUCACCUUUUGGCACAGACUACCGAAACCUUGCCAAUGCCAUGAGCCCUAAAAAUGAAUCUAGCCCAGGCAAAGUCGCUAGCCCAUUGAGUCCCCUGUCGCCUGGAAUUAAAUCACCAACCAUACCUAGAGCAGAAAGAGGUAAUCCUCCACCAAUUCCUCCAAAGAAACCUGGUCUGACUCCUUCAGCUACUCCUACCUUACCAACUAAAACCUCCUCUCAGGCUUCUUCUAUAGGUUCUCCUGUGGACUUGGCAAAUAGCUGCUCAAGCAAUGCUGUUGUGGCCAAUGGGAAAGAAAUUGAGAUUUUAUUGCCAACCAGUAGCUAGUCUCUAGGAGGUCACAUUCCAAGUGUGUGCCAUUCCUUCACCUGAAACCCUGUCUUAUCCACUCCAUGUUAUUUAUUUGGGUAGGAACAAAAAUCUAUGGUAUAACACAUGUAGUGUACUUUUCUUUUGUCUUAUUUUAUGUAGAAUAUAGUGCAGCUUAAACACUAGAGUCUCGAGGUGUCUCAUGGCAGCAGGCACAUCAAACAAAGAGAGAAGCUGUUGAUUUCCCAUGCUGGGAGUUGACCAGUGGACUACGGCAAUGAAACUUUUAUUUUUAAAUUAUGCAGAAGAACACUCCAUGCAAACCUCUAUUCCAGACAGACAUUUUCUAAGAAGUGCCUGAACUUAAGCCUGCAGAUAUGAAUGUGAUUCUCUGCAAAACCAGAAGGGAUCAUCUAGCUGCAAAAAGCACAGUUUCUCUGAAUCAUGAAUGUUGAAAUCAACACUGUUCUUAAUCUUUUCCAAUAUUUUGUUAAUAGUAUGUUAUAAAAGGAAAUAUUCCAAAGGUGAUCGCUAGACCGGUCAGUUGUUUCCUUGCUAUGAGCAAAGUCAUUUAAUGUAGCUGCAUGGUCAGGUGCACUUUGGCCCCGUUGCUGAGCUUUAUGCAACCCAAUCGUUUCCUCUAACAGUAAAGCAAAAAAUAAAACCUUUGGGAGCUUUAAAAAAAUCAGGGUGCCAGUUUUUUUCCCCAGUCAAGUAACCAUUCCUUGCAUAUUUUUCUCUAUAGAGGUAAAAUAGGUGAGGUGAAGUCUUGAAGUAUUGGGCUUGUUUUUUAAACAUUCUUCACGCAUUCUACUGUUGUGUGUGGAACUUCUGAGAGCGGGAUCUUUGUUGUUACUUGAUAAAGUUGGUAAUAUUACUUGAAACGAGAAAUAACUAGUCAGUUCUAUACAGGUUUUCAUAUUGGAAAGAUAGGAUCAAUACCACAGUGAUUCAAAGCAAUAACUUAAAAGUACUCACUAUGUAGUAAUACUGUAUGUCAGACUGACAUAGGUCUUUCUAACCAAGUUCUGUUUGCUCAUACAGGAUUGUUGCCCUCUUGGCAGCACUGGAAACCAAAUCAUUAAUUUUUCCCAUAGAAAUGUGUAUAUAUAUAUUUGUGUGUGCGUGUGUUUGUUGUUUGUUCGUUUGUUUAGAGAGAAAGAGGUGUACAUGCUAUGCACACAACACAUUAGGCAGUGUAAUAAUAUUACUGAGAUUCUUUUAAGGAAAAUGAAAAAAUACAAAGCUACUUUUUUGUCUUUAUUUGCUUCUGAAAACCUGCUUUCCUAGAAAAGGUGGCCUAAUACAGGACUGAAUCAGUUUUCGUUCUGAAGAAAUGUAUGAUGCAUGUGUUACAGCUUUUAAACAACAAAUCUAUUCUCUGUCCCUCUCUACAAAACCACACUUCUGUAUUUUAAAUGUCUGAAAUUGUGCUUAACUUCUUUGCCCUAAUGUGGUCAAAGUUAAGAAUAAAUUUUCUAUACUGAGACCUUGAGUGAAAGCAUUUAAAUACCUCCCCAAAAUGAGUCAGCACAAACACACUAAGGUUGGAUCCAGCAUUUUCUUUCUGCUGGCUAAAGUACUUAUCAUGGAGAAGAACCAUCCCACAGCGUCCCACACACCUUCAAAAUAUACUGUAGAUGAUUGGGAAACCCUUCAGAGUUGAUUUUUGAAAGGCAUGGAGAGCUGCAGGAGAGAGGAGAUAACAACCUUAUAUUAUGCUAGGAGACAUCUGCUAGCACAAUGUUGCAUCUAACUCUACAGUGUCAUAUUUAUCCUUGUCUGAUGGUCUUCUGCUAUUAAGACCAUUUGAUUCUUCUUCAUACUGAGACACUAGACCAAAGCUCUGGAUUUUGUAUUGGUGCUGCUUUAGGACACCACUGAAGAUGGUCUAGCUGUUAGCCUCUUACUUCCUAAUUGUUCUUUGUAUGAAAAUGCUAGACUGAAGUAUUUUAGUAAAGUGGCUGUUAUUUCUGAGGCUAUGCUGUUUUCAAGCACACACUAACUUAAGUCCUUCAGCCUUGACCCUCCUAAAUUCUGGUCUCUGUAUCUUUAUUUCCAUUUGAUUGGACUAGCCCUUACACUAACAAAACUUGAUCAUUGUUUAUAAACAGGAAAUAAUUCUGAUAGGUAUACAGAUAGUUCAGUUGGGCAGUACUUGUCUUUCAAAAGGAUUGCACAGCUGAAAAAUUGAGGAUUGGAUUCUUGUCAAUAUCAUCUCUAAUCUUAUAAGGAGAGUAACAUAACAGCCCUUUAAGUAUUUCCUUGAGUUUACACUAAUUUGUAUCCUUUCUUUAUGAUAUGACUCUAUAGAGAUUUAUAUACAAUAAUGAAUUUUAUUAGGAAAUGCACUGAGUAUUCUACAAAGGAUUGUAGGAAAGGAGAAUGCAAGAGGAGAUGUGUAUUUUUGCUAGUAGCCUAUCUUCUGAGAUUAAACUAAGCACAACUAUUAAAAUGGUUCCAAGCUAAUCCAGUAAGACUUCUAGGGUUAGUAUUUAAGUUUUCUAUAUACAUUGGAAACAAAAUGUUUAAUCUUCUCUGAAUCAUGUACUGCUAGAGAGGUUUGACACUGGCUAACAGGAUUUUAAUGAAGUUCAAACUGUAUAAUGUAGUAUUAAUUGUUCAUUAACAGCUGUAUAUUUGUAAAGUCAAAUGUAUGAAGCAGAAGUCUUUAUCAUUUUUAUAGCUGACAGCAUUAAACAUGGUAAACGUUCAUACUAUCAAUAAAGGGUUUUAUUUUUAUGAUGUGAA